GUGCUUGUUUCAGUACUACUAUGUGGUGAGGGAGAACCGGAGACUGGCCAAGAAGAUAUACAAGGACAUACACAAGGAUGUAGGUGUACGUUUACGUCGUCCGGGAGAAUCGCAAGGAAGCCAAGCGGAUAAACGCGCUCCUUCACGGCAACGUCGGUUCGUUGAUACAUACACAACUGACACCUGACCUAUGGCCUCAUUCCUUCUGCAUGACUUGCUGCGACAACGUUAGCUCUAUUUUUGUAGCGGACAAGAUAAAUGUAGUUGUCUGGUUUACGUUGCACCAUUGUUGCUCUGUGUCUUCAGUUUCACAAUCAGAAGUAUCAUGUUCAAGUGUGAUAUUACUACAUUGCACAGCUGUGCUCCUGAUUUAUAUGAAGUAUAUGUAUGCGACAUUUAUUCUACACACAGCGGUCUGCCCUUUUCCUUGUCCCCUUCUGAUGGUUUACCCAGAGGUCUUCUCUGUGGUAUUCUAGUCAACAAAUAGUCCCUGUCAUGCAGGAGAUCAGUCUGUUUGCUUGUGUGGUGAUAGUGCUUUACACUUCUGUCCGAAUAUUUCUACGUUGUCUCCUGCACCACUGCACAGUUAUGUUUGCUGCAGACCACUGCCUCAGCCAGAAAAGGAACACAAUCUUGGAUAUAGGGACAUGGGCAGACCGGUACCCCCUGCACGACGCAGCGUGCUGCGGACAGGUCCUCCUUCUACAGAAGCUUGUGCAGGAGGGAGCCAACGUGAACGCUCGCACGCUUAACUCAUUCACCCCGCUUCACGACGCGUGCCUGGGCGGACACCCAGGGUGUGUAAAGAUUCUGAUUGGAGCAGGAGCACAGUUGAACCCACGGACCAUAGACGGGGACACGCCCUUGACCUUUGCCUGCUCCAGAGGAAGUGUUUCCUGUGUCAAACUGCUGUUGCACCAUGGGAUAUCACCCGACCCCGGACUCUUUACCAAGUCACCGCUCCAUGAAGCCUGUUUUAAUGGUCGACACGAGGUUGUAGAGGUGCUGAUUGAGGCAGGAGCAGAUGUGGAGACUGUAGACUCCCAGUACGGCAGUCCUCUCCAUGUGGUCUGCAGCAGGAGUUAUCCAGAGUGUGCAGAACUGCUGCUCAGGGCUGGUGCUAAUGUUAAUGCAACCAAGAACUACGAGACUGCGCUGCACGUGGCGGCGAAGACGGGGAGCGCGGAGGUGGUGCAGGUCCUACUGGAGUACGGAGCAAACAUCAACGCUAAGGACAUCAGUCAACAGAGACCUGUCGACCUGACUGACCCUGGGUCAGAGGUCAGGAAGAUCCUCACAUACAGAGAUGCUCACCCCAGGCACCUGAUGCAGCUGUGCCGACUGAGGAUACGCCACCUGCUGGGCAGGGAGAGAGUCAAAUAUGUACAGCUGCUGAGGCUGCCUCCCCUCCUGCAGGACUAUGUACUGUACAAGUUUUUAGAAUGAUCUUCAGAUCUGAAUAAGGCUUAAGGCAGUUCACAGUUUUGAAAUUACCUCCUCAAAGACUUUGUCCCGUACAAGUUCUUUACUAAAAUUGUCUCUUGUUUAAAAAUGUCUUAAAAUGUCUGAAAUGACUUCCUCCAAAGCUAGGUCUUACAGAAAUUUAAAAAAACAAACUUUAUAUGUUUUACAUACAAUCUUAAAAUUUCAAAAAUAUGAUGAUCAUUGACCAGAACAAAUAACUGUAUGCAGUUGAUAUUGUAUGUAUUUUCUAUAAGUAUCACUUUUCUGUAAAUUAUGUUAAGGUGGAAAAUGGGUAAUGGCAGGUUGAACACAUGUAGUUAAUGCAGUGAAUGAUUCAUAACAGUUUGAUGUGUAUACAAUGUAGAUAACUGCAUAAUGUAUUCUGUUUAAAAAAUGCAAGUGAGGUAAAAAGAUAUGAAUUGAGCAUAUGUGGCAACCAACCGAAUGUUUUAUAUUGUAAUACAGUUACAGGAAUGUAGUAUGUGCAAUUGUAUGUGAUGUGUAAAAAUGUGAGAAUGGGAAGUGAGGGGUGGAACAAAAGAAAUGUAGAUAACAAGCAACAAUGCAAGAUUUUCUUUUAGAAGACUCCUUUUAAGAGUUGUGAUAGUAUGAACAAGUCCAAGCAUUUACAUUUAAAUCCUGUACAGUUAAAGAAUAUAAGAUUUUAAGAUAAUCGGAGUUUAAAAAAUGAGUGCAAUAAACUUCAAACAGUAUUCUUUUCUACUGCUGCAAUUAUUUUGUUGCGAUUAUAAAAUGCUCUGUGCAUAAAUUGCUUAUCUUCCAGGCACCCAAAGUGUUUUCAGGGCGGUAGAACAGUUACUGGAUUGUUAGUGUCAAUAUCCAUAUAAUAUUUGAUUUUCGCCUGUUCUA